AGCCGCACGAUGUAGCUGGAAAGAGACCCUCAAUGCUGAAAAUUGAUCAGGCCUUGCUGUUAAUCCACAAUGAGUUGCACAAUGAAGUUUUGACAGUCUCCUGGCUUUCUGAUUAUUGUUACCAGUGCUUGUAUCAGUACUUGGCGUUGGUGCCCUUGAACAAUACCUCAGGAAAGCCUCGAGUGGAAGUCGCAGUGGAUGCUCAGCACCCUGUCACCCUCCAGCUCAAUGGCACGUUGGAUGGCAAAGAGCUUUGCAAGAUCCACUAUCAUUUUGGAGAGUUUGGAAACUAUUCCCUCAUGGUAAAAAGGCUCUACAGAAGCACGACAAAUGUCUCCUGCACCAUAGACAUCAAUGCCAGUCCUGUCAACAGUAACCUCCCUAUCUUGUAUGCAUUCCUUAUUUAUAUGGGAAUCCUCAGCAUCUUGACUUCGGGACACUUUUUUAUAAACAUGGAUCCAGUGAAGAAUUGGCUUCAUAAGAAACUGAACCCUAGAGAAACUGAUCGUCUCAUUAAUUCUGAGCUGGGAUCCCCAACUGGAGCAGAUUCUGUUACCGGUGACCACGGUGUGAGUGUGUGGAGUGUCUCCCAGAGGCGCCUGCGCUCCCUCGACACAUUCCGAGGGCUCUCUCUCAUCAUAAUGAUAUUUGUUAAUUAUGGAGGAGGAAAAUAUUGGUUCUUCAAGCAUCAGAGCUGGAAUGGAUUAACAGUGGCUGAUCUUGUGUUUCCAUGGUUUGUAUUUAUCAUGGGGAGCUCCAUUUCACUGUCUCUGAGCUCACUGCUGAGGCGGGGAUGUUCAAAGUGGAACGCACUGGGGAAAAUUCUCUGGAGGAGUUUUUUGCUCUUCCUCAUUGGCGUCGUUGUUGUGAAUCCCAAUUAUUGCCUUGGACCUAUGUCCUGGGACAGCCUGCGGAUCCCAGGUGUGCUUCAGAGGCUGGGCUUUACUUACCUGGUGGUUGCCAUCAUGGAACUCCUUUUUGCCAGGGUCGUGGCUGCGAGUGAGAACUUGGAGAUGCCAUAUUCUGCUUUUCAGGAUAUUCUGUGUUACUGGCCACAGUGGCUUUUCAUUCUGUCACUGGAAGCAAUUUGGCUGUGUCUGACCUUCCUGUUAGAGGUACCUGGCUGCCCCCGAGGUUACAUUGGUCCUGGUGGCAUUGGAGAUUUUGGAAAAUAUGACAAUUGCACUGGAGGAGCAGCUGGCUACAUUGAUCGCUUGCUCUUGGGAGAAGCGCAUAUUUACCAGCACCCAUCUUCCAAUGUGAUCUACCAAACAAGAGUGGCAUAUGAUCCUGAAGGGAUCUUGGGAACAAUAAACUCCAUCUUCAUGGCAUUCCUGGGACUUCAGGCAGGAAAAAUUCUCUUAUUUUACAAAGACCAGCACAAGCAGAUCCUGAGUAGGUUUUUCAUAUGGAGUCUAAAAAUGGCUGUUAUUUCUGCUGCCUUGACAAAAUGCUCUAAGGAUGAAGGAUUUAUUCCCAUAAAUAAGAACCUAUGGUCCCUGUCCUACGUAACAACCCUGAGCUGUUUUGCCUUCAUGCUUUUACUGCUGAUAUAUUACCUUGUGGAUAUCAAGAGAUGGUGGUCUGGUGCUCCAUUUUUCUACCCAGGAAUGAACUCCAUCCUGGUCUACGUCGGGCAUGAAGUAUUUGAAGACUAUUUCCCCUUUAAGUGGAAGAUGCAGGACAAUCAAAGCCAUGCAGAGCACUUGGCUCAGAAUUUGAUUGCAACGUCGAUUUGGGUCGUCAUAUCGUAUGUGCUUUACCGGAAAAGGAUAUUCUGGAAAAUCUGAGAGUGCUUUUGAAUGCUGGUCCUGUCCUCAGUUCAACAGGAGCUUGAAGCUGGACUCCCCCAGACCUAUGCCAUUCCAGCUGGGAUUCAUUACUAAAAAGGGAUCAUGUGUUCAGUUUACAUUUCCAGGGAAGCUUUCAUUAAGACUUUUAUGUGCCUAAGGGACAGUAUUUUCCUAGUUAGUGAAAACACAGUAUCUUGCCAGAGGCCAUCUGGUUGCAUAUUCUAUUUUGUAUAUGUUCUGGUGCUCAGUACAGUGCUGCUGAUGUGUGUGUAUAUACAAUAAAUACAAGAUGUACCGAAUAGCUUUUCACUGUUCUGAAAAGCUGCUGCCUUUCAUCAAGUGAACUAUUAUAGAUGCUGCAGCUCACUCACAUGUAAUAUAUAUUUAAUGGCCAAUGACAGCUAAUACAAAGGAAAGAGUAAUUGCCAAAUUACUGCAGUUAAUUCAGGAGCUUGGACACGGCUCUUAGACUGACACUUCAACUGCCAGCACUGCAAUGGCAGCUUAUUAGUUAAGUUCCUGGCUCUGGAGAAGGUCCCUCCUAUGCAUCUGGUCACUGCAACACUGUUCCACUCUGAGUAGGGGGAGGACCACAGAGCUUUUAGCUUGGGUCCAAUUUGCAGUGCAUGCUGGGAGACUUCAAAGCUGUCUGUGCUGUGCUGUGGCUAGGUGGCAACAGGAGAAGACAAAUGCCUCCAUUGGUCUGCAUCCACUCGGAGCUUAAAUCAGUUAUGUUUUAAUAGACAACAACCCUAAACCUGCUAAGAAAUUAUUUGUUCUGAUAGACUUAAUUUUGUAGGCUUCUGGCAUCCAUAUGGUUUUUA